UGCACCGCGGCGGCUGCCCCUGCCCCUCCCCCACCCCGGUGCGCGCACACGCACACACUCUCACAGACACACACGCACACGCACGCGCGCGGCCUGUGGCGGGCGGCCGAGGCGGCCGGAGCAGCAGGCAGCCAGGAGCCCACACACUGCCAAGAGGCCCCACGUGUGCGGGGCCGGGGGAGCAAGAGCGCAGGCUCAGGCUGGGGUGAGGCAGAGACGAUGGCUGCUCAGCUGGAGCCGGCACCAGCCUUAGUUAUCUCCUCAAACCUGGUGCAGCCUGUGGUGAAGAUGGAAGAGCAGGACCAAGGAGGCCCUGAGCCUGGGGCACGAGCUGAGGGGGCAGGGAAAGCCCCUCACGUUGUCCAGGCCGGGACAGAUAGAGCUUCCCUGAGAUGGGCGACACCACAGUGGGUCAAGCAGGAGCCUGUCCAGCGCUGGCAGGUCACAGUGCACAGACAGCUCGAGGGUGUGGCUUUGGACACGGAGGGACCUGGGGCACUGAGGGAAUCCUGGCUGGAGCGGCCACAGCCCCAUCGUGGGCGCAUUCCCUUGGAGGAGGAAGGAUGGGGUGAAAUCCCAGGGCCCCAGGAGGAGCUGCCUCGCGUCCCCAAGGAGGAACCCCUGCCCCACCAGGAGCAAGCCAUGGAAGCCGGGAACAGCCAGGCAUCCGUGCCACUCGGGGAAGGCGCAGACUCUUCUUGCUCCUCAGCCAACACCCGGGGACCCAACUGGUACAAAGCAGAGCUGAGGGACCUCUUAGACAUAUGGGGACAAGAAAGAAUCCAGCGCCUGCUGGAGCAGGGCCACCGCAACAAAAACACCUUCAUGUACAUCGCCGAGCAGAUGCGGCGGCGUGGCCACAACAGGGACUUUAAGCAGUGCCGCUGCAAGAUCAAGGCGCUGAAGUAUGAGUUUUUCCGGGCCAGAGAUGCCAACAACAGGGCCGGAGCGAAAAAGCGAACAUGUGCAUUUUAUGACGAGCUGUCACGAAUCCUGUCGAAGGAGAAGGUGUACCAGGCAACCAAAACGUUUGGCACUAUGGGGGAGCAGGAGGCAUUGGAGGCAUUAGACCACUGGGAGGAUGAGAACAGCAUGGGGAGUGGGAAGCCAGAAAAAUUACUUGAUGACAGCCUCAUGGCCGGGGACCGUGGACAAGGAGCCUACAUUGAGGAGAUGGUGACGAAUGAGAGCACCCCCUCGCCACUGGUCCCGGCAGACUCUUUGCAAGCCAUCCAGACUGAACUGGGGGUCCGCACGGAGGACAUAUUGCUCAUUCCAGCCCUGAUCCCGCAGCAGCAUGCCUCUCUGCAUGCAGAUGAGGAAGAGGGCUCAGAGGACACAGAAGACAGUAGUGACAUGGAGGAAUACAGCCACAUGACCACCAUCCCACGGGCGCCCACCACCACACAAACCCCAACCCGUGCCCCUGACAACCCAGGCCCCGGGAGUGGCAAUGCAUCUGCGCGCGGGAGGACAUCUGAGCGUGGGUCUCAUGCUGCACCACGGCCACCUGCCCGAUCAGGAGCCGAGCGGAUGAGAGAUCAUCGUAGAAGGCUGCGGCAGUCUAAAGAAGAGAUGCUGCAGUCUCUCGUGGUCACGGCGAAAUCCAGGGCCCGGGCAGAGGAUGCCUGGCGCGAGGAAGUCAGGGAGCAGCACAGACGGGAGUUAGAAAUGUGGCAAAGGCAGGAGGCCACCGUGGAAACACUGGUGGCCGCCUUUGGCAGGGCAACCGAGGUGGCCAACAGAUGCUUGGAGCUGGUUGCCAAGUCUGCUGCGGCUCUGGAAGCAGUCGAGGAAAGCUUGAGGCUCAGUUCCCUCGCUCCUGAUCCUCAAACAACCGCGCACACGAGCCGGCAGCCGUCGCUCCGGAUUCGCAAGCUCCCUUCGCGGUUCCGGGGCAAUCCCAAAGUGGGAAAGGGGGUCCAAGGGCGGGGGAAGGACAGCACCCUUCACCACCGCAAGUAGCACAGUGCUGGGGGAGGGUAACCCCAAGCUCAGCACCCACCUAGGAUUUUUUGUUUUUCAUUGUUUGGGACGUGGGGACUUGAACUGUAGCAGCCGCCGCUGACACCUUUUCCCUCGUUACACAAAAAACACUAAUAAAGUUAGAACAAUUUUCAAUUGACAAA